UAUAAAAUAAAAGUGAUGUGUAGACGAACACCCCUCCAUUAUGGACCAACCAGAACCAGAUCACUCCUCUCCCACUCCCCGAUUGUCGCUUGUGCAACAGGAGCUGAACACCUGUCAACACUUGGAGAAAACUUUGAGUUCAGCAUUAAAGGAAUACCACUCGAGCGUCCAAAGACCGGAAACACCAGCAUGGCUGAAAAACUGAUGGAAGUGGCCAGCACUGUGUCCAGUCUGAUGAGCACUGCCCAAGAACAUGGGUUAGAACUAGAGGCAAUUAAAGACACUCUGGCCUCGGCAUUCGGUCUGAAGAAAGGAGAAGAAUCUGAAGGAAAGUCUGACGAACAAGGGGAGGAAGAAGAGGAGGAGCCUGGAGAAGAUGAGGAGCCUGAGGACACGUCUUGAAGUUGAUAAUGGAGGUAGAAGAGGGUGGCAGAGAACCAUGUACAUCUUCACCACAACAGCUGAAUGUAUGGGGGAUAGAGCUGUGUUUGUAAACAUGUUUUAAGUAUAGGUACACAGGUUUAAGUACAGGUUUGGACCAAUCAUCAGCUCCAAUCAUCUCUAAGUUAUACUUGUAGUCUUUUUAAGUGGCAAAUUUUUGUCUUUGUAUGACAGUUUCCAUAUCUUAUAAAUAUUAAAACAAGUCUUACUUUGAAGUCAAUGUGGUAUCUUUGAGCGGCAAAUUUCGUGAUUUUCAAAUGAAAAUUGUCACCUUUGAGCUGCAGUUUACUAACAGGCUUUUUAGGAUAUUAAGAAAUGGUGUCCACUAGCCCAACUGGUGACUAUAGUAAUCCAUAUGGUGAAUACUGUGCUAGUGGUGACAGAGAGAUGGUGCGAGACUAUUGACUGUUAAAUGAAAAUACAAAGUAGAAUUUAGCAUGCACAAACUGUCCCAAAACUAAACCUACCAUUAU